CCCCCGCAUCCAAAGAUUGAUCUCAUCAGUUCCCUAUUUGAUUCAUUCAAAUUCAAUCAAAGUGCUAGCCACAGGAAUCAAUGGAGGGAAACAAAAGGUUCCUACACGGAACUCUGAAGAUUACAGUCUUCAGUGCCACACCUCAGAGCCCAUCUCUCUGCUUCAAUUGCGUAUGUACAGGAUCGAAUCCUGCGCAUGUAAGAAUCAAGAUUGGAAACACAAGAGUGGCCGAAACGAGACACGAGCUCAACCGAGUUUGGAACCAGAGCUUCAGAGCUACCGAUACAAUGAUUAAACUGUCUCUAAAGACUGCGUUUUCGACGCUAGGAAAGGUCCAAAUACAGGCGAGCCACUUGUUGAUAGAAAAAGAUCAAGUAUUUAACCAGUUUCUUCUCACUAACAAAGGGAGGUUGAGCACUAAGCUCAAACUUGCCUUCAAUCUUAGUUUUCGCCGUGCUAAUUGUGAGCUAGAUUGGGGGAGAGGGCUGACUCGUCGAGGAUUUGCAGGGCUCACCAAUGGUGUUACAUUCCCACAAAGAUCAAAUUGCAGGGUUAUACUGUAUCAAGAUGCACAUCACGGACCCAAGUUUGAACCGAUUAUCGGUCUUGGAACUGACAAGUGUUACAAGCCGAGAAAACUGUGGGAGGAUGUGUUCAGGGCUAUCAACGGGGCAAAAAUUUUUAUUUACAUUGCUGGAUGGUCAUUCAAUCCGAAAACGGUCCUGGUACGUGAUCCUCAGACUGAUAUACCGAAUGCCCAAGGAAUUGAAAUUGGCGAAUUAUUAAAGCGAAAGGCAGACGAGGGUGUUGCUGUCAGGGUCAUGAUUUGGGAUGAUGAGACCUCAUCGCAUUGGAUUAAGAAUCAGGGUGUUAUGAGGACUCAUGAUGAGCAGGCUUUGGACUACUUCAAGCAGACCAAGGUAGUAUGCAGGCUUUGCCCAAGGCUUCAUCACAGUUUUCCGACUCUCUUUGCUCACCACCAGAAAACUAUCUCUAUGGACUGUAAUACUGCUGAACUAUACAAUAUUGCUGGAGAAGACAGCUGCGGUGACAGGGAGAUCAUCAGUUUUCUUGGGGGUUUGGACCUGUGCGAUGGAAGAUAUGAUACUGAGGAACAUUCCUUGUUUCAAACACUCAACUCCGAGUCCCAUGCCCAUGAUUUCUACCAGAUAAACUUUGCAGGUGCUACCCUUCGUAGAGGAGGCCCAAGAGAGCCAUGGCACGAUGCGCAUGCUUGCGUCAGCGGAGAAGCAGCAAGAGAUGUUCUUGAUAACUUUGAGCAGCGUUGGAUGAAACAGUGUAAUUCUUCUCAUCUUGUCCCCAUCAAGAUCGGAACUUGUAAUAAAGAUCGCUGCCAUGGUAUCCGGAAUUGGAAUGUACAGGUUUUUCGAUCAAUAGAUCACGUAUCGGUGCAAGCACUUCCAGAUAGAAGUCAUACUGCCGAGCAAAGCAUUCAUGAUGCAUAUGUGGCGGCAAUUAGACGAGCAGAGAGAUUCAUCUACAUUGAGAACCAGUAUUUCAUCGGAGGAUGUCAUUUGUGGGAGCAAGAUCAGCACAGCACAUGCACAAAUUUGAUUCCUGUAGAGAUUGCACUUAAGAUAGAGCUAGUUAUGCCAAUGUGGCCUGAAGGUGUGCCAGAAAGUGAGCCCGUGCAAGAUAUACUGCACUGGACUAGGCUUACGAUGGCAAUGAUGUACAAGUUGAUAGCACAGGCCAUACAAGAAGUCGGAGCGAGCUCUCAUCCAACAGAUUACCUGAAUUUCUUCUGCCUUGCUAACCGAGAAGAGAAGGGCUGCGGGGAAUAUAUCCCACCAGCUUCGCCUCCUCAUUCGAGCAAUUACUGGAAAGCUCAAAACAACAGAAGAUUUAUGAUCUAUGUCCAUUCCAAGAUAAUGCUAGUUGAUGAUGAGUACAUUGUGAUCGGCUCAGCUAAUAUCAACCAAAGAUCAAUGGGUGGAGAGCGAGACACUGAGAUAGCCAUCGGGUGUUACCAGCCUGAACAUGUGGGUAAAGAAGGAAGCAGAGAAGGGGAUAUUCACAAGUAUCGCAUGUCGUUAUGGUAUGAGCACAUAGCAAAGGUAGAAGCAGCGUUUCUAGAGCCGCAGAGUAUUGAAUGUGUAAGCGUUUUGCGAAGGAUUGGUAAGGAGAUGUGGGACGUGUAUAGAGGAGAUGCAGUGGUGGAUAUGAGAGGUGUGCAUAUUGUUAGUUAUCCGGUGGAUAUAUCGGAAGAUGGCAGAGUUGAGGAUGUUGAUGGGGGUAAAUUCCCUGAUACAAACUCAUUGAUAAAGGGAAGGAGAUCAAUGUUGCUUCCUCCAGUCUGCACUACAUAAGCUAGUUACAUGGUUCAAGCAAACUACCGACAUCCACUGCGACCCCAUGGGUUAAUGUUGUCAAUAGGCUGUCACGUAGUCUCGAUCCUCAAAAGGAAAUGGAUGUUGUUACCAUAGUCAGAAAAGAGCGAAAUAUUCCCAUCUCUACAUCGAUCUCGUGGCUCUACCACAGUUGUGAAAUUAAGUGUGGUUGGAAGUGGGAUUAAAAAGUUGUUUAAAAGGAAAGUAACAAAAGAGAAAUGUUAGUUAAACAAAAAACUCGAUGUUUGUUAGCGUGUUAUUCUUGUAUCAUGUCUUAACUAUAACUCAGAUGCUAAUCCUUCCUUAAUAGAUAGGCGCCAAGCAAUCAAAAUGAUCUCAAUCUUCCACGGUAACAAAAGAAACCAUCCAUGCCCAGGCUGAAAACAAGCAAAAAUAUAUUCCCCACUGAAGGGUAGGCAUUUCAGCCUCGAGGUCGGAAACGACCAAAAUGAUUAAAACCCACACAACAUACGGAACCAAGUCGUUUUCAAGAUCUUCAGGAGCAAAAGUAAUUCCAUGUGAAUAAUAUGUUGCGAAAUUUCUUUACAUCUUAGAGGUGCGUACAAAUCAUAAGCUAAAUUGCAUCACCUGUUGAGAUUAGUGUUAGUAAAAUAAUCACUCUGAGUACCGCACUCCUUCAAAUUUUGUGGGAUAUCGACUUUCACAAGCAACAUUUCUCAAGCUAUGAUGCACUUUCACAUUUCAUGAUUUGUAAAAUUUUAUCGCU